AUGGAAAACGAAAAAAGGCCGGAGAUUUUCGUAUACGAUGAUUGUGAUCACGUUUGUGCGAGCCCGUCUGGGCAAUCGUGGUGGUCACGUGACGGAGCUGUAGCCAAUAUGGUUCAUGCAAUUAUGGCGGCACAUUUGAUCACAGCAAUGAUUUUGUUGUACCACGAAAUACCGUCUCAACUUGCUCUAGGUCGCAUCUGUCUUUUGUUAACUGUCAUUUUUGUGGGCGCACGCAGUCGCUUCACACGGCUCUUCAGUUUGGCACCUACAAGCAUGGGAAUCAUCACUGCCCUGGGGGGUCUAAUAGACGCGUGUUCAUUACAUCAAAAUGCGGUUGGUUUGGGUGCUGCUGCGUCUCGUACGGGAAUUUCGUUGCUAUCAGACCUGAGGUCACGUGCCCUAAUGCACGCGGCGCUUCUGGCGUGUUUGGGUUCCGUGCAAGCGUUAAAUUUGGCACUCCAUUUAAGUUCUUUACGUGUUCAAACUGCUGAGACUCUGUUAGCAGACAAAUCCGAUACAAAAGCAUAG